AGGAGGAGUGGGAGCUCCUUGAUGAGUCUCAGAGGCACCUGUACCUUGAAGUGAUGUUGGAGAACUCUGCACUUAUAACCUCACUGGAUGUUGGUGACCUUCAAGGAUGUGGCUGUGACCUUCACCCGGGAGGAAUGGAGACAGCUGGAUCUGGCUCAGAGGACCCUGUACCAGGAGGUGAUGCUGGAGACCUGCAGGCUCUUGGUUUCACUAGGACAUCGAGUUCCUAAACCAGAGUUGAUCCACCUGCUGGAGCAUGGGCAGGAGCUGUGGACAGUGAAGAGAGGUCUCUCACAUAGCACCUGUGCAGGUGAUAGAGCACAACUUCAGAGUAGAGAGCCAACCACUUGUUUGCCAGUCUUAUCUGAGAGAGCCUUUCUCCAGGGAAGCCUGACCCCGAGAUCUUUAAGGGACUCCAGAUUGGGGAAGUCUAGGGACCAGGAUGGACUUUUGGAAAUGCAGAAAGGUCAAGUGAAGCUAGAUACAGAUACUCACAAGGAUACCCAUCCUGGGAAAGUGAACCUUGAAGAUGAAGGUUUGGGGAUAAAUGAUAGUCUGCACUCCGGGGUGUUACAGGAACGAGUAUCUUCAGAUGUUCUUCAUGAACGUGACUCACAGCAACCAGGGAAAGACACCUUGAUUCAUGCAGGGACAAACCUCUACAAAUGCAAGCAGUGUGGGAAAGGUUUUAACAGGAAGUGGUAUCUUGUUCGACAUCAGCGGGUUCACACUGGAAUGAAGCCCUAUGAAUGCAAUGCAUGUGGAAAAGCCUUUAGCCAGAGCUCAACCCUUAUUCGGCACUACCUUAUCCACACUGGGGAGAAACCAUACAAGUGCCUUGAGUGUGGGAAGACCUUCAAACGCAGGUCAUACCUCAUGCAGCACCAUCCAAUCCACACUGGAGAGAAGCCCUAUGAGUGUAAUCAGUGUCGAAAGGCCUUCACCCACCGCUCUACUUUUAUUCGCCAUAACAGGACCCACACUGGAGAAAAACCUUUUGAGUGCAAAGAAUGUGAGAAAGCCUUUAGCAAUAGGGCACACCUAAUUCAACACUACAUCAUCCACACUGGAGAGAAGCCCUAUGAUUGCAUGGAAUGUGGAAAGGCCUUCAGAUGCAGCUCAGAACUCAUGCAGCACCAGCGGAUUCACACUGGGGAGAAGCCCUAUGAAUGCACUCAGUGUGGGAAAGCCUUUCACCGGAGUACGUACCUCAUUCAGCACUCUGUCAUCCACACUGGGGAGAUGCCCUACAAAUGCAUUGAAUGUGGGAAGGCCUUUAAACGCAGAUCACACCUCCUGCAGCACCAGCGGGUCCAUAUGUGAGAGAUACCCUACUGGUGCAGUAAAUGUAGAAAACCCUUCACCAACAGCUCCUCUUCUAGCAUUUAUAAUGGGACUUAUGCUGGAGGAAAAAACCCUCUGAAUGCAAAGAAUAUUGGGAAGCUUUCUUUUGUCGGUUCUUAACACACGACCAGACAUUUUGGAGAGAAGUGUUUGUAAAUAUAGUGAAGGUUAGGAUACCUUCAGCAACUGCUCAGCCUUCACUCAUUGCAGAAGGAUUCAUACAGAGAGAAGUGCACAAGACAUUCCACCUCUGUCAGUAUCAAGGAAUUCAUGCUGGAGAAAAAUAUUCCAAAUAUAACUACUAAGGACAGUUUUUGACCAGUAGAAAAAUCUCACCGUCCAAUAAUCCAUAAUGAAAAGUUACCACAUAAUUAUCAUUGGUGUGAGAAAACUUUAUGUGACCAGAUCAUCACUUACUUGUCAUGCAAAGAACCAUAUUGGAAUUUGAUCCACCUUUGUAUUUACUCCAUGAACUUAUAAAAACCUUUGGUCACAGA